AUGUAUCUAAAAGAGAGACAGACGACGGUGAUGGCGGCGGCUGCAGGACGACCUCAAUUCAUUGCGAGCUCCGGCGGAAGCAGAAGCUUCUCCAACUCUCCACUCAUCGAGAACUCUGAUUCCAAUCAGAUUAUUGUUUCUGAGAAGAAAAGCUGGAAGAAUUUCUUCGCUUACUUAGGCCCUGGUUUUCUUGUUUCCAUCGCGUAUAUCGAUCCUGGAAACUUUGAGACUGAUUUGCAAUCCGGAGCACGAUACAAGUAUGAGUUGCUUUGGAUCAUAUUGGUGGCUUCUUGUGCGGCUUUGGUGAUUCAAUCUCUGGCUGCAAAUCUUGGUGUUGUCACAGGAAAACACUUGGCUGAGCAUUGUAGAGCCGAAUACUCCAAAGUUCCAAACUUUAUGUUAUGGGUUGUUGCCGAGAUCGCAGUAGUGGCUUUAAUCGGAACUGCUUUUGCUCUGAACAUGCUCUUUAGCAUACCGGUAUGGAUUGGUGUUCUUCUUACGGGCUUAAGUACACUGAUGCUUCUCGCACUUCAGCAAUACGGGGUGAGAAAGCUGGAGUUCUUAAUUGCAUUCCUUGUGUUCACCAUUGCUAUAUGCUUCUUCAUUGAGCUCCACUACUCAAAACCAGACCCAGGAGAAGUCUUGCAUGGUCUCUUUGUUCCUCAGCUUAAAGGAAAUGGUGCAACUGGUCUUGCAAUUUCUUUGCUUGGAGCCAUGGUUAUGCCCCACAACCUCUUCCUCCACUCGGCCUUGGUUCUCUCUAGAAAAAUCCCACGUUCUGCUACUGGUAUCAAGGAAGCUUGCCGGUUUUACUUGAUAGAAAGCGGAUUGGCUCUAAUGGUGGCAUUUCUCAUAAAUGUCUCUGUGAUAUCAGUAAGUGGUGCUGUUUGUAAUGCUCCAGACUUGAGUCCCACAGAUCGAGCUAAUUGUGAAGAUUUGGAUUUGAACAAGGCUUCGUUUCUGCUACGGAACGUUGUGGGUAAAUGGAGUUCAAAGCUAUUUGCGAUCGCGCUUCUUGCUUCAGGGCAGAGCUCAACGAUAACUGGAACCUAUGCUGGACAAUACGUCAUGCAGGGAUUUCUUGAUCUGAGACUCGAGCCAUGGCUCAGAAACUUUCUAACAAGAUGCUUAGCUAUUAUCCCGAGUCUCAUCGUUGCUCUCAUUGGCGGUUCAGCUGGAGCUGGAAAGUUAAUCAUCAUUGCCUCGAUGAUCUUAUCAUUCGAGCUCCCGUUCGCGCUAGUUCCUCUUCUCAAAUUCACUAGCUGCAAAACCAAGAUGGGUUCCUACGUCAACCCAACGGCGAUUUCAGCUUUGACUUGGGUCAUUGGUGGUUUAAUCAUGGGAAUAAACAUAUACUAUCUAGUGAGCAGUUUUAUAAAACUGCUUAUCCAUAGUCACAUGAAACUUGUCGCUGUCAUCUUCUGUGGAAUUCUUGGGUUCUCAGGCAUUGCCAUCUACUUAGCCGCCAUAGCUUACCUUGUAUUCCGGAAAAACAGAGAAGCCACUCAUCUUCUUGCAUCAAGAAACUCACAAACUGAGGAGACACUUCCAAGGCAAGACAUUGUCGAUAUGCAGUUACCUGGUAAAGUAUCAACACCCGAUGUUGAUUGA